CGCCGCUCGGCCCGCUCCCGCCAUGGCGCUGGAGGCGGAGGCAGCAGCGCUCGGCUCGUUCCUCGGGGCCUUCCCGGCCCCGCUGGGCCCCGCGGAGCCGCUGCCCUGGGGCGGCGCGGGCGGCGGCGCCCUCAGCAGGGCAGAGGUGCUGGGGGCGAUGGCCGAGCUGGCGGGGGGCCUGCUGGGCGCCCGCAGAGGUGUUUCACCACUUCUUGCAGCAUCGUUGAUCCAUGCUGCAGUUGAUGAAGUUCUCCAAACAGACUUGACUGAAUUUAAGCAGCAAAGUGUGGAAACGGAGGUAGAAGGAGAUCAGGAAAGGUUCACCUUGCUGGAUGGAGAGUCGUUGCAGCGCUGCUUCUUUAACAAGCUUUGGGAUAUCUGUUCUGAGUGGCAAAAGCAGUUGCCGCCACUGAGACCACUGAAGCGGUUCCUGCUUAUUUCUGUCCAUGCCAUCCGUAACACUCGACGGAAAAUGGAGGACCGCCACGUUCUGCUCCCGGAAUUCAAUCAGCUAUUUGGUUUAUCAGAUGACGUUGAUCGUGCUUACUUUGCGGUAUUUGAUGGCCAUGGUGGAGUGGAUGCUGCCAAUUAUUCAGCAACCCAUUUGCAUGUCAGUGUUGGGUUACACAAAGAGAUUGUUAAGAAUCCAGCUGAGGCCUUGAAAUGCUCUUUCCAGGAGACAGAUGAAAUGUUUCUUUUCAAAGCCAAAAGAGAGAAGCUGCGGAGUGGUACCACGGGCGUAUCUGCAUUGAUUGUAGGGAACAAGCUACACAUAGCCUGGCUAGGGGACUCACAGGUAAUGCUUGUACAGCAAGGAAAAGCCGUGACGUUAAUGGAACCUCACAAACCAGAAAGAGAAGAUGAGAGAGCACGUAUUGAGACCCUGGGUGGUUGCGUAACCUAUAUGGACUGCUGGCGCGUUAACGGUACCUUGGCUAUUUCCAGAGCAAUUGGUGACAUAUGUCAGAAACCCUACAUCUCUGGUGAUGCUGAUGGAGAUUCCUUUGAUCUGACUGGUUCUGAAGAUUACUUGCUCCUAGCCUGCGAUGGAUUCUUUGAUGCUGUCAAGCCAUAUGAGGUUGUAGACUUGGUCCUAGAUCAUUUAAUGCAAACCCAGGGAGAGGGGCUUAAAGCGGCGGAAAGACUGGUGGCUGCUGCGAAGGAAAAUGGAUCCAGCGAUAACAUCACUGUUCUAGUGGUGUUCUUGAGGGAUCCUCGGGACAUCUUGGCAGACUGUCUCAGAGACACUAAGAGACUUGGGGCUGGUGACGAUGCUCGAAGCUCGACGUUUAAUUUCCUCAGUUGUGAGGCAGAAGCCACACAGUGACAGAAUCUGCUUAAUCCAGAGCAUUCAAGUAAGUUCACGUAAGAAACUGCUUUCCACUGAAGAAGCCUCUAAAGCAAGAGGAAAACGCAUGCGGAAAAAAUAUGACAGAUGGACAAACAUUUAACAGAAAGGCAAGACUUCUUUUGCUGAGUUCCUGUUUGUCUUUUCCUUCCCUCUCCUGUCAAAGAACACUGAGCAGGUGUGGUGAUCUGUACAGCUAUUUUGUGUCUGGGAGGAGGCUUCUGAAGUGCGUCUCAGGGCUGCUGGUCAUGUCCCUCUGCCCUAGAAGUGUUAAGAAACCAUAACACGUAUAAGCUAAUGGGUGAGAAUACCCAUUUGUGAAUUCUGAGUGAAAAUCUAAAUCAGUGCUUAAAAAGAAUGCUGUGUGUUGUAUUUAACUGUGGUGUUUCUGGCUUUGGAGAUUCGGAGGAGAGAAGCUGUCACCAUCACAGCAAAGCAUGGUGUGUGGCCUUGUAGGAACAACUCGGUGUGUGAGAAACUGGGUGACACAGUUGUGCUGUGUUAAGUUGCUUUUGUUUUGUACCAAAGAUGAUAUUACAAGGAUGAUGUGGGCUGAAUGCUCCAGAAGGAGACCUAGAAAGCUAACUAGAAAUAUGACAGGCAAAGUGAUAAACAUCAGCUGCUUUCUGGUAUGCUCUGGUUUGUAAACUGGAACCCAGUAUUUAACUGCACUCGAUUAUUUCUCCCUAACACACGGUCUGUUGGCUGUUUGGCAACCUGAAAUGAAAGCACCUCUAUUGUUGUAUUUGAAAGAGAUUUUUACAGUACGUAUGCUCUAGCAGUUAAAUAUGCUCUGCUUCUGCCACGUUUCUUGUGUACUAUACAAAUGAGAAUUUUAUUUUUAUUCUAAAUGUUUAUUUGUUUAUUUACUGAACUUUACAGGUGGAGUUUUGCAGUGUUGCUUUAUUUUGCUGUGGUUUUUAUUUAAAUUAGAUUUUUAAAAUGGCUGUGUCCUUAUUAUCUGGUUUUAAAAACUGACUGCCCUCAAGUGCCUUAAAUAUUUUGCCCGAGGAUCGCUGGCUUCCUAUCAUAUUCUGGUGAGCCAGUUUAUAGUGUUUUUAAAAUGUGACUUUUUAGUUUCUUUUAUACUAAUGUUUGAUGCACUUAACUGUUUCAUUUUUGUGAGUGAUUGUAGUGGGAACUAGGUUUCAAGAAAAUAUUUCUUUAAUUGUUGCCAAAUCGUGUGGCUUGUACUAAAAGCUUCACAAUCUUACCUGUGACCCCCUGCCCCCACGCAAAAUGCUCUGGUUAGUAAAUGGUAAAGUAACUAUCCGAGUCACCAUGACUUUCAUUUUAAAAAUAAAUACAGUUCUGACUUUCACAAUAAAAUUUACUAACACGAGCUAUAAGUGGUUCCGUAACGGCUUUUUAUUAAUAGAUGGUUAAUUUGGCCAUGCUACAUGAACUUUUUGGGUCUAAAUAACUUUCUAAGGAGAUGUGAAGCUAAGGUGAGGAUGGAAGAGUUGUAACGAAGGUGUUUAAGGAACGGGUUGAUGAAGUGCUUAGGAACAUGGUUUAAGGGAGUGUUAGGAACAGUUGGACUCGAUGAUCCAGUGGGUCCUUUCCAACCUGGUGAUUCUAUGAUUCUGUGAAUGUGUAUGUCGUGUGGCUGUUACAGCCCUCAUGUGAUGGAGCCUCUGAUUGUGUUUGCUCUCGCCUCGCUAGCCUGGCUAGCAGGACUCUGCAAGAUCUGAAGGCUCAGUGGGAAAUGCGUUGGUAAUUUCUGUAUCUAAACAAGGAGUGCUUUACAUCUGGCAGCAAGAUUGUAUGCCUAAUUUAGAAGCACAUGGCAUUGCAAUAUGUCAGUCCUGCUGACUAAAUGUGUUGAACAUUAGUGUUGCUUGGGAAGGAAAAUUUUGUGGAAGAAUUGAGAUGGAUAAAAGGAAGACUGGAGUAGCACUGUUUGUCUGUAGAGUCUCUGAAUUGUCACCUGGUGUGGGGCAAGGCACUUACCCGAACAAGUUGAGAUUUUUGUUGAUUACUGUGGAUGAUCAUACGGUUUAAUGUAUAAACUCCUCAGUGAGCUACUAUGUCAAUGCCAUAGCAACUCAGGCAGCAACUUCCGUGUUUUGCUAUACAACAAUAGGAGCUUUUCCUCUGAGAAGGUUGCAAGCACUUUUCCAUCCCAUGCUGACCGUCCUAAAAGACAUAGGGAAGGCUUUUGUGAUGGCAACCCGGUAGGAUAGGUGUUAAUUUUUGGAUUUGCUAUCUCCCAUCUCUUUGAUUUCAAAUCCAGAUAUUCAGUGACAUGCUAAAUUCUGAUGACCACUAGUGCCUCUUUGUAUCUUGGAAACAGUUCUCAUUAUUAAUAUACUAAGAAUCGCACAAUUUUAUUUCACUGCUCUCGGAGGUUUAUCAGGGUAAGGGGGAAGCUAUUGUAUUCACAAAGGGAGGUGUGAAAUGUUGGUAAAAUCAUAGUAUGGUUUAGUUUCUGAAAUUUGCUUGUUUUCCUGAAAUGUGGAAGGAAUAGAGCAAGCCAGAUUCUUGGUAAUGAUCCUGUUAUUUCAGCCCUGCUGAGGCAGAUCUGCAUGACGGAGGAAUCAAAGUCUUAAGUCUUUCUGUAGAUAUUUACAGCUAUGUGAGAAUAUCCUUAUUUGUUUCAAAUUUGAUACAUUUUUUUUUUUUUAAUGGGAGUUAAGUGAGAUGGGCCUGUAGAAGGCUGCCUGUGGUAAUAAAAAAAAAGCACUUCUCAAGCUAUGCUGUAGGGAAUAAAUUCUGCUUUUUGAGAAGCUGUUCCCUUACAUAGAUGUCAUUCUGCAUGACCUAGUGUCUCAUGUCUUUGAAAUAUAAGUGGCUAGAAAUAGUCUUCAGGAACUCACAGCUUUCAGAGGGGGUGCAAAAUAGUUCUUUAAUUUUGAGAGACUUCUUGCUAGCUGUGAAACGUCUAGUCAGGUCUAUAGGGGUUGUAAGUGGGUAAAAAAUGGCAGUUUGUGUCCCGUUGUUGGAAUAAGUGAAUCUUGCUGUGUUGUGUACAGUAAAAUUUCACAUACUGUUUGGGGCACACUGGUUUUGGAGAGGUUUUGCCUAUUCUUGAAACUCUACUUUUUUUGAACUAGAAAACCCAACAUUUCAGCUUCGAUAUUAAAUCGGUAAUGAAAGUAGAAUGCAAGUAUGGAUUUUGGAAGUGCACUUUUAAAAAUACAUUGAAAAUGGUGAUCAGGAUGGCCUUGUCCUUAGGAUGGCAAAGCAACCUCCCAUUUUUUUUUCUUCACUUGUGACUUUGCUGUCACUCUUAGAAGCGACAAGCUACAAUGCAUGCUAUUACAAGCAGUGUCAGCAGUGUGUGUGGUGAGGAGAGAGAGGAAGAAGCUCUAGCAGAAGGCUAUGAAAUUGAACUAAAUAGUCCAAAAUACAGUGGUGGAGUUUUGAGUUUAUGCUUUGCAUGAGCUGUUCUUCUUUCCUCUUAAAGCAUUUUGGAUUUCUGUUGUUGGCUGUUCUAUUCGGUUUUUCUUCCCUCCUUUGUUUAAAAAAUAAUAAGUAAUAAUUCUGUCUUGGUGAGAGACUGAUCUUGGCUCGCUGGGCCUUCCCAGUGUCACGUGCAAUAUAUUCACACUUGUCCACCAAUGUCAGACAAAUUUGCCUGUUUCCUUGUUGUCUUUCUGUUAAGCCUUCAACAAAACCGAUUCUUGAGUCUAGCCAUCAUCUUUGAAGCCGUAGAUAUUAGCUACAUUUCAAUACAAAUGUUCAAUGAAAAAUGAAAGCAUUUUCAUAUUUUACUCUCCAAAUGAAUGCCUGCUGCUGCAAGUUAGCACCCAGCAUCAGAAGAGUUAUUCGUUAAAGGAGUUUGCAUUUUUAAAACAGCACACUUGAAUUCCUGUGUUGAGCUUCAUUGAAAGCUGCUUUUGUCGUUUUGCUUAGUGGGUAUCCAACACCUUUUUGCUUAUGGGUAAUUCUACCUUUCUUUCCCUUCCCUACCCCACCCUCUACAGCAAAGGAACACACCUAAAACAGUGAAGUCUUCUGGGUCUGAUAUAGACAAGAUCACAAUUCUACAGAUUACAUUUGUUGGGGGUUUGGUUUGGGGUGUUUUUUGAGAGUACAGAAAUGCAGGACAAAUUUUAGAACGGAGGGAGAUUAAAUAAAAUCCACCCUCUGAGUGAUAGAGGAGUGAAAGAGAAAGACAGGAAUGCAUUCAAGUAUUAUUAAUGCCUAUUUUAAAAAGGAAGUGGGCUGGAAAAAAGAGCCACAAAUGUCAGUGCUUUAGAGUGGAAUACCAGUGUUUGAAAGAAUUAGAAACACACACAUUGAAAAGGCAACACUCAGAUGUGGUAACUGUCUUCAAACAGCCAAGGAAGGAAUCGCAGCAAAAGCAUCUGAGGUGACUUACUGUGACCCCUCAACACCGUGUUGGAUGCUAAUGCUACUAAAAGGAUUUUUCUAGACAUCCUGAUGCGUACAGUAACGCUAUGAGGGAAUGCUCCCUAUGUGCAGUCACUGGUCACUGUGCAACUGGUGCCAUGGGUAAAUGCCAUCGAGUGUGUUAAUGAAUCGGUAUGGCUUGUGAGCUCUCCUAAGAUGAGUAAUUGGGCUCAAAGUGGUUACAGCAGAGCUGGCAGCUGAAUCAUGUUAAUCACAGUGACUUUAAUAGCAUUUAAUAGACACUUAUCUGAAUUCAAAGUCAGAUGAGAUACUGCUCUUCUUAAAAGCAUUUCCAGUGCUAUUAGCUUGCUGUCAUGCAAAGGCACUAAAAUUUCCAUUUUUUGCUGGGUGUUGGGAAGAGUGCUUCUCUUGCUUUCUGAAUACUGGAGAGAAGUUGGCUGUCUGCACUGGAAAACCUAAUUUCAGUUGAUAGUUUAGGGCAGCUCUUUGGGAUUUGGGAUUGAAACUUCCUUCCUAGGCAAUCCUUUAAAAACUAACAAAAACUAAAAAAAGUGCUUCCAAAACAAGUGGCUGAGGAAUCCAGGUAUUUCUAAAUGGCGCUGUACAAAAGGUAACCAGCAAGUACCCUCAAUCUGUACAAGCCGUAGACAAUUGGCUUAGCUGCUCAAAGUCUGAAUUAAGAUUGCAGCUCCACUCUUUAAGUGAGACUGCUGGUUAAAUUACUGGUAUUCUCAUGGAUGCAGGUACCCAGUACACAGCAUGAGACGUCGUCUAUUUCAGUUCUCGUAAUACUGAAGUAUCAAGCAGAUGUUUUAGGGAGAAGGUGGGGGGCUGUUAGCCAUGACACAGCAGAUUGCAGAUGAUUCAUAUAUAAUUUAGCUCUACAUAAGCCUCAGCUAAAUUUCCCUGCUUGGUCCCACAAUGGUCCCUUUUACAACUGGGCCUGUGCUGUCAGACAAAAUCCUACAAGGAAGUAAUAGCCCCUUCUCCCUUUUGAGGAGCAAACAACCGUUGGACAAAAUGUCAUUCAGGAAGGGUUGGAGAGAGAAAAAUGAGCUCUUAAAUGAGUGCAAAACUUCCCAAUCUACACUAUGUUAUUAUCUCUAAACACGUUUAUAGCAGGUCCGGUUGUUUUCCAACACAACUAUUCAAAUGCAAGGGGUUUUCUGCCGAGCUCUCAUAACCUUUAACUGAUGGCACCAAACCCAAGAGGCCAGGCCUCUCUACUUCCCUAAAUAGAGCCAGUAUAACAGUCACCCCUGCUGAGUAUUUGUUUUGCAGCACUGACAGGUCUAAGAGCUAAGCCAACCACUUUCUGCAUAUGUUUUUGUUGGUUUUAACACGUUUCUUGGAUCUUACUUUAAUGAAAGUUCUUUCUGUUGGUAUCAGUCAUGUCAGCUGAAAAGUAAUUAAAUGGAAAAACAAGGGAGUGACUGGACCCUAACACCUCUAUGUCACAGAUGCUUCUUAAAAUGAAGUGGUGGGCUCCUGUGAUAUCCUCAUCUCUGAGCAGAACAGGAAGCUAAAAUCUCUCAGAGAAUCAGUGAAACCUCUGUUUUUGUGUGACCCAACAGAGCUGAACUUGCAGGUCUUCCCACAAGCUAUUCCAUGGUCCUAGUUCAGUGUUCUCCGAGCCCUGCCUGCUGCUGCUGCACACAAAAAUAAAUGCAAGACAGCUGUGUUGGCAGCCUGGAAAAUUUAGCAAGAUGCAGCUUUUGUCAAACAGAAGAGGACAAAAUCAACAGGGAAAGAAAUGUUUUCAAGCUUCUUGGAAUGCAAACAAUGGAAUAAAAAUAAAAAAAAAGCAGCCUAGAAGAGUUGGCAGAGCACUGUCAGCUUAAAACCACUGUUUUAAGCAAAUGAAUUUGGCUGCUUUGUAAUGUCUGUUUUGUUUUGUUAACAAACUCCUCUCAGUCAGGGUUUCAUGUCUUGUUGUUGAUAUAUGCUUUUUAGUCUGGAGCUGAACGUAUCUGGGCUUUGUGACUCGUCAGAUUGUGAUCAUUGCAUUUUCUCUCAACCAUUAAGCGCGAUUACUAAUUUCUAGGAGACGUUUACAUAGCAAGUACUGAACUUAAUGAUUAAAUGGUUCUGGAUGCCCAUGCAUGAGAAUUUAAUCAGUCUUUCCUGAUAUAGCAGACCACUUCUUGCAGGUGUUCAAGGCCAGGUUGGAUGGGGCUUUGAGCAACCUAAUCCAGUGGAAGGUGUCUCUGCCCAUGGCAGGGGGAGUGGAACUGGGUGAUCUUUAAGGUCCCUUUCAACCCAAACCGUUCCAUGAUCUAUGUAGCGAUACACUAAGCAUGUGGCAGGUUUGUCAUGUUGGCAAAAGGAGCUGGAAGGUGUGGCCACCACUCCCUGCAGGAGGUAUCAAUCCUUUUAUCUAAGGAAUGAUUGUUUCUUCUGGAUGUCUAAGGAUUAAGAGUAAGUAGGAAACUAGAGAGAACCUGUGGGACUUUCCGAGGGUAAUUAAAUGCUGUGAUUUCCUUUUUUUAUGUUGCCCUUUCUGACUUUUUUGACAGGCAUUCUGCUUCAUGCUGGAUGAUUAAUGCUGCUUGCUUUUUUCCCGCCCCCCCCCCUUUCUUUCAGCGUGUUUAAUAAUAGCAAGAUGUUUGUUUUGUUGGGGGUUAAGACUUUAUACUGUCAAAAAUAAAAAAGGCUAGUAUAGUUUUAACUUUAAGUGCUUUUAACUUCCUCUCCCGAAAGUCAGUCCUGCUCUGUAUCCUUCUUAUUCUCUUCCCAGUUUUCUUUUUCUUCCAUCUUUUAUGUCCUUUUACAUUGUAAGCUCCCCCCCCCCCCCCAAUGCUGUAAACUCCAUUGCUGUUAAGUCGGUUUUGUUGCCGCUUUAAAUUUUAAUUUCAUCUGUGUUCAUAGUGAGUGUGGUCUGCUCUUUAGAGGCCUGCAGGAUCAGGAAGUAGAAAGUACCAUGUCAACUAGGAAGAAAAGAGACUGCAACAACUGUUGUGUCUUUGGCAUUGACCAGUAUUGAAUAUGUAAGAAAAAAAUCUGUUAUUUGCCUGUUAUUCCACAGGAAUACCUUAUUUCAUUUUAGGUAACAAUAGCUCUCAUCCUGAAUACAGGACUUCAGAAAUAUUCUUGUCUCUAUUUCCUUGCUCCUGCAGAUUGUCUGUGUUUUCAAACAUUUGUGCUGUUUAGAGUGGAGGGAAAAAAAGCUUUCUAGCAGCCUGCACCUCUUCAGUUCUCUCUUUUUCUUGCCCCAGCUGACCAAACAGGCAGGUCAGUAACUGCAGCGUACCCCAUAACCACAGCAUACCCAGUGGCUUGCUAGCCUCUCAGCCAGUGUAAUUCCUUGGUGUCUGCUCUGUAUUAUAACUCCAGUCCUGUGCAUAUUUAGUGGUAAGUUAGACCUCUUUAACUACUCCUGCUGACUUAAAAAAUAGAUGUUUGUAUCAGUAUUAAAAUAGUACAAGAGCAAAACUGUUGCUUUAGGCACAUUUCUUGCCACUGGGUUGGCUAAUGAACCUUGAAUGAAAGUAAGAGGGCCAGUGACUUUGAAAUAGGAGCAGUUAUCCUAGUGUUGUAGAAUCGUAGUCCUUAUUUAUUUUGUAUGCUAAUCUGCACUUGUGACCCUGAGCAGAAAAGCUGCAGUACAGCAGGUUUUAUAAGCUAUGACUUAACCAGUUCUGUGGUAUCUCAAAACUCUUAAGCUGACCGGUUUUGUGCACAGGUCAGAAACCUGUUGUCGUUGAUCAUUAAAUGGUAUGCAGAGUUUAAUUUCAUUUACACGGAUUUUUCUAAUAGUGCUUGUGUGUAUUAUGCUACAUUACCAUAUUUUAUAUAUAUAUCUAUAAUGUAUGUAUGUAUUGCAUGAGGUUUAAUUGUUUUUGUAUUGUCAGUUUUGUAUUCACACAGUGCCUCAUGUAUCUAUUUGCAUAUUGCAAGAAGUUGUUUCAAAGCACUGAUUGGAAACAGGGGGGAUAAGAACUCUCUAUUUGUAGGAUCUGAUGUUUCUGAAGUAUUAAUAAAGUAUAGUGAUUUGAA